CGAUCAAGAUAUAGAAAUAUGGAAAACUGCAAAAGGGACUUUAUUUGUCGACGUGCUCAAAAAUAAGAAACAAGUUGUAGAGAAUCGUAAUAAAAAAGAUUAUCAUACUGAAAAGUGGGAACGUGAAGUACGUGAAAAGAUAGCACAAAAGAAAGGCACGUCAACCCCUAAAUUAACGAAGGAAGAACAAGCUGCAGUAAGUGCCCAAUUAGCAAAAGAAUCUGAGACGCGUAAAACUGUCGAGAAUGUUCGUCAAAAAUUGAUAAUGGGUCUUGAUAUUGUGGAUGCGAUGGUGAAAGGAAAUUCAGAGGCUACUGAACAAUAUAUUGUAGAAUUAAUGAAUUUAUUGCACCAAGUUUUAAAGAAAUGCGGUCCUUUGAUCGACGGAAAGGCGGUUAACACCUAUUUAAACAUCAAUCUUUGUACAUAUGAAAAGAUUGAAAGCAUUCGCAAUUCCAUUGGAUUAGCGACUCUCCGUAUUAUGCAAGUCCAAGAAAUCCCUGAAAAAUGGUUUCAAGAACCAUUGGACCACCUUAUUUCACGC